CGUUUGUGUGAAAAAAGAUACAUGAGAAUAAUCUGAUAAACAAAUAUUAUAUUUCAAAGAGAAGACAGAGAGCCGGAGCUUGACUGAGACGUCCUUCCCUUCUUCCUGUUCCUCCAUAUACACUUUGCAUAUAUCAUAUCAUGGAUCCCCUAGCACUGGCUUUUCAGUUCAUAUGUUUAUGGGGUAUUAUUUAUGUCUUCGUUCUCGCGACCAAGUUUUACAUUGCAACCAAGGUAUACAUACAUAUCCUCUGAGCACUUGUCAGAGAUCUACCUCUGAAGCAAAAAACAGAGUGUGUUACUGACAAUUCCGGGACACGCUAAAAGGAAUCCGGCCACCAAAGGACGACAACCAGUAAUAAUGGCGGGAUCUUGCCUACUACCACCACCUAUGAAGAAGGUCAUGGUGAUAGUGAAUCGAACGAAAAGGAUCAGUGGAUGAUUAAGCUGUUUCAAGUGAAAUACACAACUGCGAAAUGUAACAAUUUAUUUCGGCGGAUCGCCGAAGCUGCACCACGGUUUUGGAAUAUUUGGUUUUCAAUCGGUACGAUCGUAGCUGUUCUGGUCAUGGUGGCAGGCGUGGUUGUUAUCGCUUAUGCAGCCCUCAAGAUACUUGCUGUGUUUUGGCACGCGCUACAACCGUCCACAGCAACAGCCGUAAAGGCGUCAACAGAUGUUUCUCGGUUUCGCAAACGGUCGCUUGAAGAACAGGAUAGUUCAAGUGGCGGUGACGAUGAACAAGUAUUUCUGCCAAUGAUUCCUGGUGUGACAGUUCCGCUUUCUCAUCUCGGUUACUAUCUGCUUGCUUUGCUUAUCUGUGGCGUGUUCCAUGAAGCUGGACAUGCUAUUGCAGCAUACUGUCAACGCGUACCAAUCCGAAGUGCUGGUAUAUUUGUUUAUUACAUUUAUCCUGGUGCUUUUGUCAACAUUUCGGAUCAUGCACUUCAUUUGAUUGCCCCGUUCCGCCAACUUAAAAUCAUCUGUGCUGGUGUAUGGCACAAUAUCAUACUCUACAUGUGGGCAUUGAUCAUGCUUUCUGGUGGACUCAAAAUGAUUCUUUUAUUGUUGGGGUGGCAAUCACUCGAGGGAUCUGGCGGAGUAAGUGUUGUCAACGUGCGCCCUGACUCUCCGUUGGCAUACCAUCUACCCAUUUCAUCGAUCCUAUACAAGCUUGACGACUUCCCUCUGGAACAUAAUAUUGUGGAUUGGAACGAGUACCUACUGGGUCAAGACCAGCGACAUGAGCCAGCACAAGGCUUUUGCUCCGCCGUAUCUGAUGAUCCAAAUAUCGUGAACGAGUGCUGUGAUAUCGAUGAUGAAUAUCCUUUUGGACGCUCUCCGAAUUCGACACUGUCUUGCUUCAGAGACUUUACGACACCUUUAUCCGCUACUGAGCCUGAAUACUUUGCCUGUCUUCCAUUGACCCAAGUGCUGAUAUCACGAGAUUCACAGCGUUGUGUCAAGAAUUCAGAAUGCGCAGCAACUGAACAAUGCGUCACUCCAUAUACACCGUCCGUUGCUGGACAAAUUGUGCGCGUGUAUACUAAGGCUCCAGCAUGGAAUAAUCAUGGACAGGACUCGGAUAAGGUGUUUGUGUUUGAAGGCGAGCUGGUCGAUAUAUGGGAAAGCGUUAAAGUGGGUGUUCUGCGUCCUCGCUUUUGGUUUCUGCCAGUGUUUGUUCCUCACACGGUUGAGCUCUUAUUGAGAUACAUCUCUUCAUUCACUUUGGCGCUGGCGCUUUUAAACAUCCUGCCUGCUUUUCAACUUGAUGGAGAGUUUGCGUUGGGUCAACUUGUGGCGCUUGUUUUCCAGCGUGGUCACCAGAACCCGGUAUCAACAGGUCGCUUACAGCAGCCACAGCAGUACACUCACAAAAUUGUCAAAGUAACGUCAGCGGUUGUAGGCUUUGUUAUAAUCGGAAGCAUCUUGCUUGGAUUAGCACGGCAAUAGAAUGAUUUUUUCCUCUUUCUAAGCGUUCUAUUAACAUCAUCAUCAGCAUCAUCGAGACCACCGACCACAUCUGUAAAUAUAGACAAUUGUAUAUGAUACCCUUUUAUCGUUGAUUAGCGCACCAACCUCUGUUCCUUCACCCCACUCGAUGCCCCUUACUUCCCAUUAUUACGCUGUAAACAGAGCCCCUGCAUCCAAUUAUUAUUCUUUAACAUUGAAUAUAUAUAUCAUGGCCCACCAAUUAGGCGCUGCCAACUCUCCUUUUUCCUUUAAUUAGGCUAUUCUUUUCUCUUUGACUCUCUUUCUCUUUUCCGUUUUCUUCUUUCAUCAAACAAGAUAUUGACUAGAAUACACAGCACAUAAACAAAAGAACAUGAAUAUAUUCC